CGAGCAUAUUCAAUCUAAAAAUGGGCAAGGCUCAAGUCAAGAAGAAGACACAAGGAUGGAGGCACAAUCCCGUCCGAGUUCCUGACUCCCAUCUCGGCUCUGGGAAGGGUGAAGGCAAGGCUGAUCCACAGAAGGAGAAGCAGAUGUUGCCCAUCCUCAACAAGCUCAGAUCUCCAGAAUAUGCUGAUAGGACAUGGGCAUGCGCUGCUAUCUCGAAUCUCAUUCAAAACGACGCUGCUACCCGACGACUCUUCCAGGGCAAGAAUGUUGUCGGAGAAUUAAUCGAGAGAUUGUCCGACAGUGUUGAUGAAGUUGUUGUCGAAGCUUCCGGGGCUCUCAGGAACUUGGCUAUCGAUGGCGGAAGGGAACUUUGCGGAGAGAUGGCCAAUAAGGGUAUCAUGUCUCAUUUGGGCGUUCUCAUCAGCAAGAUCUCAACCACCAUCACAUCCGUCCUUUCUGGCGAAACAAUGGACUCUGAUGACAAUUUGCAAGCUCGUAAACACCUCCUCUCCUUAUCCGAAAAUGUCAUCCUUCUUCUCUGGAGUCUUGCCGAGGCCGGUCCCAAGACCCUCGCCAAUGUCAAUGCCAUGGGUUGUGAAGGCUUGUUGAUCAUGAUUCUUGAAGGUAGAGACAAACUGGGCUUGGGUGUUUCCCUCGCGGCAGCCCAAACUCUCUUUGCACUCUCCCAGGACAAUUUCCCCUUCCGAAAAUCCCUUGUCAUCCAUCCUACUGCCCUCGAAAGCCUCAUCACUAUCGCUCAAGAAGACCACCUCCCCGCUGAGAACGCUCAAAAAGCCAAGGAGGCCUCUCGUAAAUCUAAAUCCAAGAAGGCGGCUGCCGAACCUGCCUCGGAAGCUGAUGACCUUCCCGAUGGAAGGGCAUUGUUAAGGAGAAUGCUCGCCUGCGGUAUUUUGAGAAACAUCAUUAGGGCUGGAUCAAGAGCGGACGAAAAGGUCGGCAUCAAUGCGUUGACUGCGAGCACGAUUUUGCCCCUUGUUAACGGCUUGCUGGACGUCAAAUUAGAAGAUGUUUGCACACGUGUCAAUAAAUUGGUCAAAGAUUCCCCCCCAGACGUCAAGAUCCUCGAUAAGAACGCCAAGACCGACCACAAGUCCACUUCUGAAGUCGCUCUUGAACGUAUUGAGCGAAACCUCUCCACUGUCGUCGCCGCUCUUGAGGUUCUUACAAAUGUCUGCGCAGGUCUUGAAGAUGAGGAGGACAUUGCUGCUGAGACUCUGGAAGAAGGCGGUGCUGCGGCUGAAGUUGUUGAGAUCGAAGAGGAUGAUGAUGCGGCGAUGGACGAGGAUGAGAUGGAUGAUGAAGGUCUCAUUUCCAUGGGCCGUGAACCUGGAGCGGAACUUGACAUAGAAACGUUUGACAGCGGCGUCAAGAUCAACCCCGGUGCCACCCUUUCCCAUCUCCUCACCAACCUUCACCUUCCUGAGCGACUUAGUCUACUCUCCCGCCCAGUCUCCCUCUCCUUCCCUCCGGCUUCCACCGUCCCCUCCAUACACCCUCCUACCACCUCUAUCCUCUCAAUAUUGCACCUACAUGCUUUGGAAGCUUUGAACAACCUGCUCCUUACUGCUGUCGCGUCCAUCUCUGCUGCAGAACGAUCUGCUGCCGCGCAGAUUGUCGCUUCUGUACCUGUGCAAGGCUUAUGGGAUAGCUUGUUUUCCAUUAUUCAAUUGAUUGGAUCCGAGCCUCAGGCUUUGCAAAUGAAAGGUCAGGAAAUGAGGAUGGAGGUGCUUGAAAUGACUUUGGGUUGUGUUUGGGGUACCAUCAAGGUCAAUCCUUCGGCAGUUAACGUCCAACAACCACAAGUGCAAAUUCUGAUGGACAGCAUCAACGUCAUCAAGGAUGAAAUCACCAAAACCCGAGUCGUCGAGACCCUCUCCAGUAUUGCCAUGCGCGAAUCCAUUUCCAAUGCCGAAAACCAAUCCAUCACCCAGAACCUUAUUCAACGUCUCACCUCCACCUCCCCCACCCCCUCGGCGGAAAUGCUCGUCUCAUUGCUCAACGCCAUUAUCGACAUUUACUCUGAUGAGACCCGUUCUUUCAACUCUGUUUUUGUUGAAAAUGAUUAUUUGCAAGUUUUAAGCGGUAUCGUGGGCAAGGUCAGGGCCGAGGUGAAGAAGAUUGAUAAGCGAAGAGAAAGGAAUUUGAGAGUGAGGGGUGACGAGGUGUAUGAAAACUUGGUGGCGUUCAUCAAAUACAGAAGGAGUUUGCAGAAAUAAUUAAAAUUGGCCCCUAUAGGGUCUGUUAGGUAGUUCAGUUUAUUUGUGCGAUAGACUAGGAUGUAUGAUAUGGUGACCUUUU